AGAAGAAGAAGAAGGAGAAGAAGGAGAGAGAGAUCGGUUCGGAUCGGUUGAGCGGAUCGCGCGGGUCGUCCUCGUGCUGGUCGCGCGUCAUGGCGUGUGCUCGCCGCUUCUUUUUUCCCCUGAUCUUGACUCCCCUGCACCCGCUUUUGACACGAUGGGCCAGGGGCCACGGGUGUAGCGCAGGGGUAAAACAGUAGUAGGAGAGAAGCAGAGGCAACGACAGAGCGGCAGCACACCCGAGAAACCCCCUUCCAUCCCUCCCCGCGAGAGUGCGUGCAGGUGUGCACGAAAAGGUCCUCUCCUGCGCCUUCUCCGGCACCAACGAAGGGGCCCCCCUGCGCCACUCGACCAUGCGCACACACAAAUACCUACAGGAACAACCGUGUACCGUAUAUACACACACACAGAGACGCGGAGACGCGUGGAGGGAACCUGUGCCGGGCCCAACAGGCCCCCAGAUCUGUGGGAACUGUUCGGCCCGCGAGCUUCCCACGAUACGCUCCGGCUGCUGUGCUGCAGGGUUCACUCGUGCGUUUCCUCCCCUUCCGUCUCCCCUGCCCGACACCCCUCUACCCGCCACCAGUCCCCUGACUGGCGUGGAAGGGGCAGCGGGUGGGACAGUUGGUGGGGGGAAGCGGUCGAGAGUAUAAGUAGCCACUCGGUCCCCACCAGCCACUCAGAAUCGACGUGAACACGGCAUCGUGCGCUGGUCUCGGCACUCCGAGAACACACACGUUAUAUAUAUAUAUAUACACUAUCUUACAACGCAUAUCCAACGCGUUUUUGAGUUAUCAUCAUUAUCAUUAUUAUUAUUAUUAUUAUCAUCGUUUUGAAUUGGAACAUUUCGAGUUUCUCGAAUACGUUCCACCCAUUGGAAGAACACGGGCUUUGUUUGUGACAAGUGGAAAGUGAGGAGAAGUAAUCUGACAAACGAUGGCACCGCAUACCAGCUACACGCCUGUCAGUGGUAUGGAGUACGAGGAGCCUGUGUCGAGGACUUACCAGUACAGAAAGGUGAUGAAACCGAUGUUGGAGAGGAAGAGGCGGGCAAGGAUCAAUCGUUGCCUGGACGAGCUGAAGGAUCUGAUGGUGACCGCGCUUCAGGCCGAGGGGGAGAACGUGGCCAAGUUGGAGAAGGCUGACAUUCUCGAGCUCACUGUCCGCCACCUUCACACGCUCAGGGCUGCCAGGAGGCUCACCCUCACGCCGGAGAACAGCUACGCGGACAGAUUCAGGGAGGGGUUCACCCAGUGCGCCCAGGAAGUGUCCUCGUUCCUGUCCACCCCUGUCGCUGCCGCCGUACACCCUGCUGCCGGUGCACAAUUGAUGAGACACCUCGGCGGUUGCCUUCGAAGACUCGAAGGAACAUCCUCGGCCAGUCUUGGGACCACCAACAAUAACAACACCACCACCACCACCACCACUACCUCCUCCACCACCGUCGCAUCCACCACUGUGAACACUGUGAGCAAGACGACACCAGCCGUCAGUCCAACCACCAACGUGAUGAUCAACGUACCCCAGAACGUUUACACGCCUCCCCAAAGCCCUGUCAGUGUGGCGAGUUCGUCCGGGGAGUCUAUGGAGUCGUCGAAUCCUGUUUGGAGGCCUUGGUGAUUUGGAUGAAGUUCGAUAAUUUUUGAAGACUUUGAACUUUGACAAGCUAAUUCAACUUCCGUUCCUCUCUGGUGAAGAAGAAGCUUCGCUGUGUGUGGCAGCAGCGAAUGGUAGAGGGGAGAAAACGACGAAUCAUUUGUCUUCCAUACGUUGAAAAUUGUUGAACCUCGUUCGAGGUGUUCGAUAAUUAUAGAUUGAUGUAAUCGUUUUUUUUUAAGUAAUUAAUCGUAAUUGGGACCACUGUUUUCUCGAGAUGCUACAUUUCUAUGUCUCUCUCUUUCUCUUCCUUUGUUUCCUUCUCUCAUCUCAUUGUACUGUAAAUAGGUGAUGAAGCUUUAAGUGAUACAUCUGUGAUAGGGCUUGAUUUUUGUACCUGAGAUAAACUAUAUUCUCAUAAAGUAGAAGGACGAUUAUUAUUAUUAUUAUUAUUAUCAUUAUCAUCAUCAUUAUUAUCAUUAUUAUUAUUAUUAUUAUUAUUAUUAUUAUUAUUAUUAUUAU